CCGCUCGCUCUCAGUGCGGUGGCUGCGCCGGGAAACAUGGCGUCGGAGGGGAUGAUCUUAACCAACCACGACCACCAAAUCCGCGUCGGGGUCCUCACAGUGAGUGACAGUUGCUUCAGGAACCUUGCCGAGGAUCGUAGUGGGAUAAACCUUAAAGAUCUGGUCCAAGACCCUUCUUUGUUGGGUGGGACUAUAUCUGCAUACAAGAUAGUGCCAGAUGAAAUAGAAGAAAUUAAGGAGACGCUGAUAGAUUGGUGCGAUGAAAAGGAACUUAAUUUGAUUUUAACAACUGGAGGAACAGGGUUUGCACCACGAGAUGUCACUCCAGAGAAAUUCCCAACAUUCCCAUUAUGUGGGCUCCAGAGAGGGGCCACUAAAGAAGUAAUAGAGCGAGAAGCCCCAGGCAUGGCCCUGGCAAUGCUGAUGGGAUCACUUAAUGUUACUCCUCUGGGUAUGCUCUCUAGACCUGUGUGUGGAAUCAGAGGGAAAACUCUCAUAAUUAAUCUGCCAGGUAGCAAGAAAGGGUCACAGGAAUGCUUUCAGUUUAUACUGCCAGCCCUACCUCACGCCAUUGAUCUUUUGCGGGAUGCCAUUGUAAAAGUAAAGGAGGUACAUGAUGAGCUUGAAGAUCUGCCUUCACCACCACCCCCUCUUUCUCCUCCUCCAACCACCAGCCCUCACAAGCAGACAGAAGACAAAGGAGUACAGUGUGAAGAAGAGGAGGAAGAGAAGAAGGAUAGUGGAGUUGCCUCAACAGAGGACAGUUCUUCUUCACAUAUAACAGCGGCAGCCAUUGCAGCUAAGAAACAUCCAUCCUACACCAGUUCAGCUGUUAUCAUGGCAAAAGGUGAACAGCCCAUCCCUGGUCUCAUCAAUUAUUGCCAUCCCGCAGCAGGCAGUGCAGGAGAACCGAUCCCAGAUUCCAUCAUUUCUCGUGGUGUUCAGGUGCUCCCACGUGAUACAGCUUCCCUCAGUACUACUCCUUCAGAAUCACCUCGUGCCCAGGCCACCUCUCGUCUCUCCACUGCAUCUUGCCCAACACCAAAACAAAUUAGACGGCCGGAUGAAAGCAAAGGAGUUGCUAGUAGAGUUGGAUCCCUCAAACUCCAUCGAAAGCUGGAGGAGCUCAGAGAUCACCUAGAAGGCAAUGUCAAAGGAUGCUCUCUCCGAGUAAAUGCUCGGCUCCCUUCGUGCUCAUCCACCUAUAGUGUUUCUGAGCUCCACUAUAGGUUGGAAGGGCUUAAAGAUGAACUGAGGAGGAAUAGAGGCUACAACUCGAGAGUCCAGUCUAGGUGCAGCAGCAAGGAGAACAUCCUCAGAGCAAGUCACAGUGCUGUUGACAUUACCAAGGUAGCAAGAAGACACCGCAUGUCUCCAUUCCCAUUGACGUCUAUGGACAAGGCCUUCAUUACAGUUCUGGAGAUGACCCCAGUGCUUGGAACAGAAAUCAUCAAUUACAGAGAUGGAAUGGGCCGAGUCCUUGCUCAAGAUGUAUAUGCAAAAGAUAAUCUACCACCAUUUCCAGCAUCAGUAAAAGAUGGCUACGCUGUCAGAGCUGCUGAUGGCCCAGGAGAUCGAUUCAUCAUAGGGGAAUCCCAGGCUGGUGAGCAGCCAACACAGACUGUGAUGCCUGGUCAGGUAAUGCGCGUUACAACCGGUGCUCCAAUUCCAUGUGGUGCUGAUGCAGUGGUGCAAGUGGAAGAUACAGAGCUCAUCAGGGAAUCAGAUGAUGGCACUGAAGAACUAGAAGUUCGAAUCUUGGUGCAGGCUCGACCAGGCCAAGAUAUCAGACCUAUAGGACAUGACAUUAAAAGAGGUGAAUGUGUGCUCGCUAAAGGAACCCACAUGGGUCCAUCCGAGAUUGGUCUCUUAGCAACUGUUGGAGUAACCGAAGUAGAAGUUAACAAGUUUCCAGUGGUUGCAGUCAUGUCAACAGGGAAUGAGCUACUGAAUCCUGAAGAUGACCUCUUGCCAGGAAAGAUUCGGGACAGUAAUCGUUCGACCCUCCUAGCUACAAUCCAAGAACAUGGCUAUCCAACAAUCAACUUGGGAAUUGUGGGAGAUAACCCAGAUGAUUUACUGAAUGCACUGAAUGAGGGUAUCAGCCGUGCUGAUGUGAUCAUUACAUCAGGAGGUGUAUCUAUGGGGGAAAAGGACUAUCUUAAACAGGUGCUGGAUAUUGAUCUUCACGCACAAAUUCACUUUGGCAGAGUUUUUAUGAAACCAGGCCUGCCAACGACUUUUGCAACUCUGGAUAUUGAUGGCGUAAGAAAAAUAAUCUUUGCACUACCAGGCAACCCUGUGUCAGCUGUUGUCACCUGCAAUCUCUUUGUUGUUCCUGCGCUGAGGAAAAUGCAGGGUAUCCUGGAUCCUCGGCCCACUAUCAUCAAAGCCAGGUUAUCAUGUGAUGUAAAAUUGGACCCCCGCCCAGAAUAUCAUCGGUGCAUACUGACUUGGCAUCACCAAGAACCACUACCUUGGGCACAGAGUACAGGGAAUCAGAUGAGCAGCCGUCUGAUGAGUAUGCGCAGUGCCAAUGGACUGUUGAUGCUACCUCCAAAGACAGAACAGUAUGUGGAGCUUCACAAGGGGGAGGUGGUGGAUGUCAUGGUCAUUGGAAGGCUAUGAUGUCACCAGCAAGAGUGAAGCUUUGAUGCAUGUCCACAUAUCAUUGACUGUAUCCUGUAAUAUGCAACGGCACAGCUAGUUUUUCUGAUUUGGAUAAAAGUUGAUCAGUAUAGUCAACAUCUUGAAUUAUAUUUCAAAUGGAAUUUAAAUAAAUACCUUUUAAAAAAAAAAAAACUUUAAAACAAAUCUUAACAAAGAAAUUUAUUCUGAUUAUAUCAAAGCAACUUUUUCCUUUCCUUGCAACUGCUUUGUGUGUUCAAUGCUAGUUCUAAUAGCGGUAGCUUUUAGUAGACAGCAGUAGGUGCCUGCAGAACUUGUGUUUUUUCUCAUCUUUAAGAUACAACUACUUAUGCUCUUAAAACAAGGCUGUCUGCUUAUUUAUACUAGCGUAGACAACACUUGGAUUUCCCUUAUUAGUAUGCUUCAUAACGGCUUCACAGAGAGCUUCUGCUUGUUCUUUAUCUUGUAUCUCGUGUUGAUGUGCACAGUGCCAAAAGCAGAGUGGCUGUACUGGGAACCCAAUGAAGCCCCGAGGUUUUCUCACCUCGCUGCGCAUUCAGGGAUCUGUCUUGUCCCAGCAGCCACCCAGCUCAGUACUCUUGGGCAGUAACUGGAUACCUUUUGUUUCAACAAACAAACAAAAAAUCGCUUCCUUAAGUGCUGACAGCCUUUUUAACCAAUACAUUUAAAAAUGUACAGAACUGAAAACUAAAAAAAAUCAAAGACUGAUCUUGUACAGAUAUUAGUGUUACCAGCAUUCGUGUGGAAAUUAAAUGAGCAAAGAAAUAAAACUAAUGUUAAACAACUCUGUACCAUAACAUUUUCUGUAAUGAUAUUGAAACUUAAAUGAAUAAAAAAAAAAUCUUCAAUCAUUAUUUAAAAUUUCA